AUGAAACAAUUAACGGAUGACAGGAUGAAAGUAUUUUUCGAAAAAUUGUCAAAAUACAUUGGCUCAAAUAUAAAGUUAUUAAUUGAUCGUUCAGAUGGAAAAUACUGUUUUCGCGAGAAGAAAGAUCGAGUUUAUUAUGUAUCUGAAAAAGUAUUAAAUAUGGGAUCCAUGAUGAAUCCUGAUAACAUAAUUAGUAUUGGCACAUGUUUUGGAAAAUUUACCAAGUCUGGAAAAUUUAGAAUACAUAUAACAUCUUUAGAUUAUCUAGCUCCAUAUGCUCAGCAUAAAAUGUGGAUAAAACCUGCCGCUGAACAACAAUUUCUGUAUGGUCAUAAUGUUUUAAAAUCUGGUCUUGGGCGAAUUACAGAAAGUACUACUCAAUACCAAGGAGUUUUAGUAUUCUCAAUGAGCGAUGUUCCUUUGGGUUUUGGUGUUGCGGCAAAAAAUACUACUGAAUGUAAGCACACUGAUCCACUAUCUGUAGUUUGUUUCAAUCAAGCCGAUAUUGGUGAAUUUAUUCGAUGUGAAGAUGAUUUAAUAUAA